GGGUGCUGGGGGGACCCCAGGAUGGUGUCUCGUUCACUUGUCUGCAUGGCUAUGUGGCAUGUCACUGCCCACCCAGCAGUGUCCCCUCUUGCAGUCCCAACAGUGCUUCCUGCUGGGAGGGCUUGAGCCCAGAGGAGCUGAGAGUUUCCCCAAAGCCAGUACAGCUUCGCCAUUCUCUGCAGUGAUUCCUGCUGGGAAAGGCUGAGAAUAAAUAAGCCGAGACUGGAGACCUGUGAGCUGCUUACAUUCAGUGCUCCUAUACCGUUUCUUGAAGUUACUUGCCCAGGGUCUUCUGCAGUAAUUAUAAAGUCACCUUUGGGUUAGCCACCUGGCUAGCGUCUCCUGCUUUUCUUCCAGAGCCGCCCCCAGAGAUGGCUGCAAAGGUCCUGAACACCCUGGCACAAAACAUAACGAAUAAAUACGGGACAAUAGAUUACAGCAAGUGGCAGCGGGUAGAAGCAAAAAAGGAGAAACCUGUGUCACACAAACCAGCUUUGCCACCUAUCACAUCACCAAGUGAGGACAAGAAAAGCAAAGGGAGCUCCGCUGGCUGCCAGAAAGGCAAGCGGUCAGUUCUAUUCAGUCCCAGUUCAUCCUUGCCUUCAAAGACAGCAUCCUCUCUGAAUCCCAGAUUUGCUCAGCAGAAAACCUCAGCAAAGGAGACUGAUGUAACUAAAAGCUUGGAGAACAUCAAAAUGAUUAAGAAACUGACUAAGUCGAAGAGAAAGUCCCUAAAUGAGCUGAAGCAUCACAGCGCCGCCCUUGUAGAGACCAACGGGAGACUGGCCCAGGACAUUCAGCAGACAGAUGCCAGUACUGCCAAGCAUGCCAGAGACCUGCUGCAGCAGUAUGAGAUGUUUGGGACAGUCAUCUCGACCCUUCGGGACUCCAAUCAGAACCAAGUUGGCGUAGCAAGAGCAGAACUCCAAGAAACAGAAAAAAUGGUGGAAAAGAACCUGAGGAAACUGAAACAUCAGGUGGAUCACAUGAACACCAAGGUGCAAAUGCUCCAGGAAGAGCUCAAUGUUUUACGAACAUACAUGGACAAGGAGUACCCGGUGAAAGCCGUCCAGAUAGGCUCUAUGCUUCGCAACAUCCGAAACCUGAAGGAAGAACAGCAGGAUGAAAUGGAAGAUAUAGAAGAUCUGGCCAAAACAGUAAUGCAGCAACUGGAAAAGAAGGUGCAAGAUGAGAAGGAGCAGAUAUUACAGGCUGUUGCAGAGGACAAGGCGUUCCUCUAUCAGGAGGGGCUGAAGCAGAUGGCUCUCAACAAUCGGAUACUCAGGAAUGAAAUCCAAAUGCAAAAGAAGUUCAUUCACAAGCUGUUGGAAGAAAUCACAGAGCUACGAAAGAGCAUUAUGACACUUCGCUGGAGCGUGAGAGACCCUAGAGAAGUGAUCUUCGCCGACGUCCUGCUCCGCAGGCCCAAAUGCCUGCCAGAUACAGAGAUUGUUCUCAAUAUCCCCUUAGAGGAGAAGGUUUUCGUUUAGUCCCAGAAGCUUUGGACCUGAAGUGGAAAGGUGGGUGGAUGCGCCAGGCCUUGCCCACAGAGCUAUGUCAUCAUAGAACACAGCUGGGCCAAGAACAGGAUGAGGAGCUGUACAACAAAUCGCCCCCUCUUCAUGGACAAGUUCUCCAAACCAUCCCAGUUCUCAGGAAGUUCUGCUCUGCGCCGCUUUUGGUUUGUCAGGACAAACAAGUUCCAUCACAGAACAAUAUGCAGGACUCCUUGUGUCAUCGUCAUGCCAGAUCCAAGCUGGGUAAAAGCCAGAAAACUGCCAUCUCGCUAGAAGGAAUAUGGUGCAAAAUUCUAUUAAAGCAGCCAGGUGUGAUCCAAAACGGGAUCGUUGAUGAGGUGUCACUAUUGUCAACAGCCCUUUCCCCAUCUCACAUUCUUACAGCGCUACCGAGUGUCAUGGGUGUCCGCCAACUACCGAUAAAACAUCACAGUUCCACUUGGUCAGAUUAAUUCUUGGUGUAAUUCUCCUGAAGCCCAGGGGAGUUCUAUCAGAACAAAUUUGGCCUUUUUAUCCUUCCCAGUAAAACUACUUUGUACAAGAUACUUUUAUCAAUAUUUUGAUUUCUGAUGAGCUGAAGCCCAGACCCAGGAUGAGGUCUUUAGUAAUGGAACAAUGAGGAGCUGUCACUAAGUGCCCUCGAGCAGCUGCCUGUCAGAACAAUUGCAUCCCCAUCAGCUAUAGCACAUGUCAGUUCAGGGGGACAGAGUGGUGACCCAGGAUGAGGAUCUUCCACUUCCAGUGUUCUGUACAAAUGCUUGCAGUUCCUAGCAGCAGGCGUCGCUUGCCCUAUGGCAGUAGUGUAGUCCAUCCCAUCCCAGCUGUGUCUUGCUUACGGUUGAAUGGUUCGGACAGUAUUCAGUCUGGGAAGUCUACCAGUCGAUGGAUAACUGUGUAGCAUGUUUAACCUGCAACUUUCAGUCUACAUUUUGAAAUAAAAAUUAAGUGGGUCUUUAAUUUGUAA